AUGGAGACGCUACGCGCUCAGGCCAUCGAGAAACGACGGCAGCAGUGCAGCGAUGUUGUUCGGGAUCGGAAGCGUAAGCUCACGGAGUUUUAUUAUUUGUCGCGAUAUCCGGUGCGUCCUAUCUCGCGGGAUGAGAUCAGGAGUGAACAUGAGAAUGUCAUAGGGUUUUUGGCCCAGAACGAUAUGGAAAACGGUGUUGUGUUUAACGAUGUCACGCUUCCGAGUCCGGCAGACGAUUAUUUGGGAAAUGGACCUAAACGAGCGCGUACAGAACCGCCGCUGUCCAUCACUCAGCAGCAGUAUCAGCAGCAGCUCAAUCUCCAACAGCAACAGCAGCAGUUGCGGGCUUUAAAUGGACCAAGUUCGGGUCCAGCUGCGGUUGGUUCGCGAAGUAUGAGCUCUGUGUCGGCUUCUUUACCGGCAUUGGCUUCAGGUGGUGUGAAAUCAGCUCCUCCUUCAAUCAAUCCUCAGACUACUACUGCUACUGCUAGUACUACGACGGUUAGAAGUGUGGCUGGUAGUGGUCCAGGAGGUUCGAUUUCUGCUUCUGAUGCCACAACAGCUGCUGAAACCGCGAGUGUUUUAAGUGGAAAUGGAGCCUCAACAGGUUCUAACAGUGGUGAGGCCGAUUCCAAGGGAAUUGCUGGUGCAGGUGCUUCGAUGGCAACCGGUACGCUAUCCGCACCUUCUAAACAACCUCCUCUGCCAAGACAGAGUAUGACUGCAAUUCGAAGGAGUCAGAGAUCCACUCCACCGCCAAAUGGUGCCAAUCAAAAGAAUAUCACAUAUGUUACAUACAGCCCACCGAGUUCAGAGGCUGGUGACAGCUCGACUCCGCCUGUAACUGGACCAACUCCUCCACCAGAAGUCAUGGUUUUCGUGGUGCCAGAUCGAUUGCCUGAGCCACCUCAGAGUCGACGUCCAUUGGCAGAGUUGUAUUAUACAACCCAGACACUUCCUCUCUCGAAACUACUACCAUCAGCCAACAAGACCCUGACUACAGAUGGGUAUCAAUUGGCACUUUUAGAAGGGAAGUUGGCAGUUGUACAUGCACGAAUCGAAGAGUUGAAACGGGCUGAAAAAUGGAGUUUACGCCAGCAUAUGAAGUUUAAAGGGCCGUAUCGGCCGAAGACUCACUGGGAUAAUCUGCUCGACGAGAUGAGAUGGAUGCAAAUCGCAUAUAAAGAAGAGCGCAAACUGAAAAUUGCCGUGUGCUAUGAAAUUGCUUGUGCUGUUAGGGACUAUUGGAAGUUUGGAAAGGAUGCUACGUGCGUCAAGUUCAAACCAAUAGUGCAUUUGAAGACAGAGCCGGAAGAGAAGGAUCAGGAUCAGGAAGUUGAUGCUGAUGGGGAUGAGUCGAUGAAACUGGAUAUUCCUGAUGCAGUUGAAGAAAAUGAAGUUGCGGUGGCCGAGCAGUCGAACAAUGAUGGUGAUGUCAUUGUUGGUGCUGAUGCUGAAGCUGAAGCUAAUGCCAAGGACGGCGAUGCUGAUAGUAAAGAAGAAAGUAAAGCGCUGGUCAAGGUGGAGAAACAAGAUUCUAUCAACCCAGAACUUCUAAGUUCAGAUUCUGCUGAGUCUGGGAAAUGGCUGGAUUCGCUCGUGCCCAUUAAAAACAAGAACGAAGAGAGUGUCGACGAAGAAAAACCACAACUUCACCAAAGCCCAUUUAAAGUGUACAUGUCAUUUGAUUCACUCAACUCUGCAUCCAAAGAAAUAUUUAAUAUGCUGCCACAACUGCCAACAUUCAAUAUCACUGCUCCAUAUAUCAACGAGUUUGAUAGUUUGUCGCUGACUUCAGUCACACGGUUUCUUUCUGCCCCCGAUCUCGGUCGUGGUUGGCAACGGGUGGUGUUGGAUACUAUUAGCGAUGAAUCACCCAAGAUCAAAGAGCCAUCUGAACCAGAGGAGACUAAAAGAAGACCUAUAUUCAGUCAUGACAGUCACCGACGAUACGUUAUCAAGGCACCUCAACCACCAAACCUCAAAUAUCUGGAAUACCGAACUCCAACACUUUGGUUACCGCAGGACGAUAACAAGCUGUUGAAGUUGGUCAAAGAUUUCAUGUAUAAUUGGAACAUUGUGUCGAUGCAUAUGCAACCAGUCACAACCUAUGGCUACAUUUCUAAUAUUGAAAGACGUACCCCAUGGCAGUGUUUUGAGCGAUGGCACCAAUUAAACCCAUCGUUUCCACUGACCGAGCUGAAAGGACAGUAUGCUCAACAGGCGCAGAUCUGGAUGGAUGCAUCCAUCAAAGCUCAGACCCUGACCAAGCGAAGAAUCUCGCCUUUAGGAGUUGCUAACGAAUCGAUUCAACGUGGACAUAAAAGACUUCGAUGGGCUAGUAUGUUGGAUGCUAUUCGAAAGAAUAUGCGGAAAAGAGAGAACGCACCGAAACCAAAUAACUCUGUGCAACGCAAACUUCAAAUGAAUGAUGGCAAUAAAAUGAAUGUAGCUUCACCAUUAGAACUGUCACGAAUGAAACAUGAACGAGACAAGGCUAUUGCCGAAGCAUAUGCCCAACAACAGCAACGCAAUUCUCAAUUGGCGUCUGGAGGUGCUACUUCAGCAGUUGCAGCAGCAGCAGCGGCAGCAGGUGGUGCUACCGCCAGACAUGCUGGUCAGAAUGGACCAAAUUCAGUAGCAGCUUCACGAGUUGCAGUUACUGGAGGCCCUGUACCACAACCUAUAGCUACAGGAGUUGGUGCUCCAUCAGUGCCUCUUGUAGCAGCAGGAGGCCAACAACCACGACCACCAAUGCCAGUUAAAGGAAUUCCAGCAGCUGCUAAUGGAGCUAAUGGAGUCAAUGGUCAACAAGUGCCAAGAAUGUCUGCUGAACAGCUCCAGCACAUGUAUCAAUUGGAAAGACACCGUCAAAUGUUGCGACAACAGCAACAAGCAGCAGCGGCUGCUGCCGCUGCUGCUAAUGGAACAGCAGGUGCUGGUGUUGCAAGGACUGCUGGAAGUGCUACGCCCCCUACACCAGUUGUAGCAGGCACUUCGCCAGCAGCUGGAAGUCCAGUAAUGCCACAGACAUCAGUAGCUGGUGGAACUGGAGCUCCUGCUGCUGGUACCUCGCCUGCAGCAUCUGUAGCUGGUGUAGCUCCUGCUGGACAAGUGACUCCAUUAUUAAGUCAACAACAUAUUACAAACCUCGUCAACUCAUUAGCUGCUCAACAUCCUAACAUGACUCCAGAGCAAGUGACUAAACUGGCACAUGCUCAAAUCCAACGGUACCUGCUACAACAGAAACAGCUCCAACAACAGCAGCAGCAGCAACAACAGCAACAACAGCAGCAAUUACAGCAACAACAGCGGUUAGUCCAACAACAGCAACAGCAGCAACAGCAACAAACCCAGCGAUUAGCAGCAGCUGCUGCUGCUCAACAAGGACUUCGUCAGGGUCCAGUUCAAGCUCAAGGUCGAGUGGCCGGUGUUGCUGGUGCAAAUGGUAUUCAAUCACCGACCAUAGCGUCUCCAACUAUGGCCAAUGUCCGACCUGCUGGAGUUCCUUCUCCAACUGUGGUGACACAUCCUGGAAGUGUUCCUUCGCCAACCCUCGUCGCGGCCACUUCUGUUCCUGGUGGACCUUCACCGACCAUGACUGCCAAUGCUCGAAUGGUUCCUGGACCCCAGCAAGUUCAAGCUGCUCUGUACGCCAAACAACAGGCACAAGCCCAAGCCCAAGCUCAAGUUCAGGCUCAACAAGCACAAGCCAGAGCUCGAGCUGCUCAGGCACACGCUCAUGCCCAAGCUCAAGCUCAUGCUCACGCACAAGCCCAACAACGAGCUUCGCCAACCAGUCACACUUCACCACAAGUCACAGCAGCUCAACAACAACAAAUCAUGGCCCAAGUCAUGCGACAGCAGAUGCAACAACAGCAACAAGCGGCCCGUCACCAACCACCAACAAACCCUGCCCCGCCAAAAUAA